GUUCUCGUCGUACGGCAAAGCGUCUGCAUCUCAGUAGGCGCCCCCCCCCCCGCCGUUAUGAGCAACCUCAGUCAGCAGCAUCAUGGCAGCACAGGCUCAGAGCGGGACCUUCACUCCGUGGCCUCCUCGGUCAGCCUCCCCUCCGUCAGGAAGACUCCCAAGAAGCGGCGCCUGUCCCUCCACUCGCUCUUCGGGCGCCGGCGCAGGCCGGACCGCGACCCCAAGCGCAAGUCCAGGGCCCUGCAGCCCGGCGCCAGCGGGGACGGGGCGGUGAGCAUCGAGAGCGCGCCCUCCGAGCCCAGCAGCGACCGAGUGUCCAACCAGUCCCCUCCGGAUGUGGCCCUGACCGCGUCGGCUCCGGCGGGGGCCUCGCCGGAGCUGCUGGAGUGCCCCCUGUGCCUGCUGCGCCACGCCCGCGAGCGCUUCCCCGACAUCAUGACCUGCCACCACCGCUCCUGCGCGGACUGCCUGCGCCAGUACCUGCGCAUCGAGAUCUCCGAGUCGCGCGUCAACAUCAGCUGCCCCGAGUGCGCCGAGCGCUUCAACCCCCACGACAUCCAGAUGAUCCUGGGAGACCGGGCCCUCAUGGAGAAGUACGAGGAGUUCAUGCUGAGGAGGUGGCUGGUGGCCGAGCCAGACUGCCGCUGGUGUCCCGCACCCGACUGCGGUUACGCCGUCAUUGCCUUCGGCUGCGCGAGCUGCCCCAAGAUCACCUGCGAACGCGAGGGCUGCGGGACGGAGUUCUGCUACCACUGCAAGCAGCUCUGGCACCCCAACCAGACCUGCGACACGGCCCGCCAACAGAGGGCCCAGAACUUCCGGCUGAGGAGCUUCAGGUCGUCGUCGCUCAGCUACAGCCAGGAGAGCGGGGCCGCAGGCGAUGACAUCAAGCCGUGCCCCCGCUGCUCGGCCUACAUCAUCAAGAUGAACGACGGGAGCUGCAACCACAUGACCUGCGCUGUCUGCGGCUGCGAGUUCUGCUGGCUCUGCAUGAAGGAGAUUUCUGACCUGCACUAUUUGAGUCCGUCAGGCUGCACCUUCUGGGGGAAGAAGCCCUGGAGCAGGAAGAAGAAGAUCCUGUGGCAGCUGGGCACGCUGGUGGGUGCGCCCGUGGGUAUCGCGCUUAUCGCCGGCAUCGCCAUCCCAGCGAUGAUCAUCGGCAUCCCAGUCUACGUGGGCAGAAAGAUUCACAAUCGCUACGAAGGCAAGGACAUCUCGAAACACAAGAGGAACUUGGUGAUCGCUGGUGGGGUGACGCUGUCUGUGAUCGUGUCCCCCGUGGUGGCUGCCGUUACCGUCGGUAUCGGCGUUCCGAUCAUGCUCGCUUAUGUCUACGGCGUGGUGCCAAUCUCCCUGUGCCGGAGCGGAGGAUGCGGGGUGUCGGCUGGCAACGGCAAGGGGGUUCGAAUCGAAUUCGACGACGAAAACAUAGGAAGUGGAGCGGCGGCCACGGAUACCACCUCCGUGGCGGAAACGCGGCUCAACAAUCCAAGCCUGGGAGACGGAGCGAGCGUGGGGGGCCUCACGGGCCUGAGCCUCAGCGUGAGCGGGAGCCACAUGGAGCGCUGCGGCGUGAGCUCGGCUCAGCGCGACAACAUGAGCGACAACGCCAGCACCACGGCGCUGGCCGGGACCAGCAUCACGGGCAGCCUGUCCGGCAGCUGCUACAACCGGAUGGAGGUGCAGGCUGACGUCCAGAAGGAGCGCUGCAGUCUGAGCGGGGAGUCGGCCACCGUCAGUCUGGGGACAAUUAGUGACAACGCCAGCACAAAGGCCAUGGCGGGCUCCAUCCUCAAUGCCUACAUGCCUCUGGAAAGAGAUAACAGCCUGGAGGCGCCGGCCGACAUGGAUUCCAAGCCGGACAAAGUGAGACACGGCAGCGCCAGCAGCAGCCUGGAUGAAUCCAGCUGCAGCAGCAGCAGCACAGCUGGCGCGAAGGGGGCCGGCGGGGGGCCGUGCCUCUGCCCGUGUCCCUCCAGCUGCUGCUGCGGCCAGCACGGCGGCCACGGCCGCCCGCCGUCCCCCUGGUCAAAGGACCCGUCCGCCCCGGGGGGGAGAAAGUCUAAGAGCAAGCUCCUGAAACGAGCCGGGAGCAGCGGCGGCGGCGGCGGGCGGGGGGAGACCAGGCAGGGGGACCUGGACGGCCAGAUGGCGGAGCGGCGCAGCACCAACUCCUCCGAGUUCGACCCCCCCUCCCUGAGCGGCAGCCUCCCGUCCGUGGCCGACUCGCACUGCAGCCACCUCUCCUCCGAGCUCAGCGGCUCCGACCCCGAGAGCUCCAGGCCCCGCUGCUCCCCGCCGACGGACAUCCCCCCCCCGCCCCCCGCCGUGGCCCCCAUGCCCGAGGUGGAGCACGACCGCCUGGAGCAGUUCAACCCCCCCCGCGGCGCCCUGACCAGCCGCCUGCUGUCCUCCGCCUCCUCGCCGCCCGCCUCCCCGAGCGAGGGCGGCCGCGGAACGUUUCUGUACAUAAGCGAGGAAAGCGUGGACGACGUCGCGGACGAAAAGCAGGAGAGGAACCUAAGAGAGACCAGCAGGAAUCCGGCCGCGCAGCCCGUCUGCCAGGCCAGGAAGCACUGCAUCCAAACGGACAUCUGA